CCGAUAAACAGGAAGUCGACAGUCAAACAGUGCGAAGGGUUCUUGAGUUUGCUUAAAAACAUAAUAUUUUCGUGGUAAAUUACCAAUCUUUUUCACAUAAAGAAACUGGGAAUUUGUUCUUGUGUUAUAGGAAUUAACCAUGACUAAUGCGGGGUUGAUUAUAUUGGUUGUCGUCGCGCCAUUCAUCGUUUUUGUCAAGUGUCAAGAAAGAUGUUUAAGAUCGGAAGACUGUUGGGAAGGUUGUUGCGUUAACGCAACAUGCAAAGGAGACGGCUUUUAUUAUGAAUGCAGUGAUCAAUGCAUAUAUGAUGAUUCGGAAUGUGCAGAUGGCUGUUGUAUCGGUUUCAAAUGUAAACCAAAGACAAGCUACCAGUGUAGAAAGAAACAAAUGAACGAAUGCACUACAAACUCGGACUGUGAUAGUGGUUGCUGCAAGGACAACAAAUGCCAAAAGUUUCUAUCUUGUUUCCAUUUCUCACUUCCUACUUUCAACGUGAAAGAUAUUUUGGACACAUGCUCUACUUCCAAUGAUUGUUUUUCAACAGGCAAGGGUUGCUGUGUGGACGGAUAUUGUCGUACUUGUACUCAAAGUAAAUAUAUUUCUAUAUUGACUGACCACUUAUAUCAUGAAAUGUUUGUGGUAGUUCAAAGCUGUGUAUACACUGCGAGUCUUGGCCUUGUCUGAGCCAAGCCAAAGUAACUGUGUCACAUUUACACUGUUUACCACAAGUAUUGGUUUAGGCCAGGUCGAGGACAACGAUCGCAGUAGGCCAAGAUAUCGUGGCCUACUAUAGGUCAGGCCUAUACUGUACUGGGCCAAAGCUAGUAUGCACAGCAAAACUUUCGACCAAAGGCUAGGCUCAGACUAGACCAAGGCUCGCAGUGUAAGUACGGCUAAAGGGUAUUGGUACACAGUGGUUAAGUGUAUUGCUUUUCACCAUUACGUAUGGUUCAAGUUCCAACAAUAUGCAAUUUACUUCAGUCGCACAUGGAAGAGUAAUCCGGUUUCAGUCUACUAGACACGACAGGUUUUCAUCAGCUAGCAAUUAUAGCAACACAGUUUGAAUUAACUUUUAUUUAUUUUUUGGUUAGGUUUAGUUUGGUUUAGCUAAGUAGCCUAAGUUAACUCACGGGUUAACUACAUUUGGUUAACAAUUUAGUUUAAUUUUGUUAUCAGUCAGUACGCUCCGACGUUAUACAUUUUCCUAGUUCGGUCUAAUUUGGUAAUUUUGAUUUUGAACUUGGUAGGUCAUAAUCAAGUAACCAUCCUCACAACAAACCCUCCAUCACCCCUCCCACUUUCAAACUUUUCGUUCCCCAGAAAUACCCGUAACAUCAGAUAGCUUGGAUCACCCCUAGAGUUCGUUUAGUUUGAUGCAUCCACUUAUUUUUUUCUAAAUUCCAGAUUCUCCUUACGAUUACGAUGAUAAUUACCAUAGUGGAAGACGUAGCAGUGGUGUGCGUACAGCCGGCUAUAGUGGUUUACGUUUUGUAAUCAUUGUCAUUGCGGUGAUUUUAAAACUCGCAUUCUGGAUGUGUUGGUGUCUAAGGUGGUCUUCACGCCGUGAGGACGUGGUCCAGUAUAAACGAAUUCAGUGCGUGGUGGAUGGUGAGUUUCCACGUGAACACGAACGUGCAGUGCAGGAAAUCCCAGACUGCUCACCGCCUACAUAUUCUCCAAGAGUACCUUGUGACGAAUACACUCAAAAUUCUGGCCAAAAUCGACACCAAACACAAGGAGAAGAAAAUGUCAAUACAAGAGAAAGUGUGCAACAAGGCCCCACAAUGGGACCACCACCCGCCUAUUCCCCACGUCCUGCAGUCAAAUCAAGCAAGAACAACAAUUCAGCUCAAGAAGACUAAACCCAAAAUGAAUGGUGUACACACGCAAAAAUCUCACAAACAAGCCGUUAACAAGUUGUGUUCGUACUGCUUGUCUCAAGUUGUCAACAGGUGUGGAACAACUUGUUAACAGUUAUAACAAUCUUGUUCAUAUUAUCAGAUUUGUUGCAAGGUUGUUCCAACAAGUCCGAUAAAGUCAUGAUAUAAGUUCAAUAUAAGGUUAUAACAAAAUUGUUACAACCUUGUAACAUUCUUGUUAUAUCAUGAUUGCAUCAGACUUGUCAGAACAACUUUGUAACAAGUCUGAUAAUGCCAUCAAACUUGUUACAAGUUGUUAACAGCUUGUUCCAAACUUGUCACAACAACUGGGAACAAGCAGUGUGAACAGAUUGCGACAGCUUGUGAACAGAUUUGUAACAACUUGUUUGCAAACCUGUAACAACUUCUGCGUUUUUACGUGUGUACCACAUAGUUCCACAAUGCGACCGUUUAUCCUAGGAAGUACCAUUUGUGAUCAGUUGUAAGGAAGAUCUUUUACAGUUUCAACAAUUAAAUCCCAGAUAAGAUUUAGAAAAAUAAGUAACAUUAACACUUCCAAGGCAAAAUUAAGAAAAUUUUUAAAGAUCUAUAUCUAUUAUAUAUUUUAAAGAUAUGUAGGACUAUUCUUAGCUUUUAAUUUUAUCUUAGUUUUACUAUAGGGAGGCCCAUUGGUUAGUCAGCUUUUAGCUGUUAUAUGUAAGCCUCGUUAAAUAAAGUUAUUACAUUACAUUACAUUACAUUACAUUACAUUACAUUACAUUACAUAUAACAAAUUGCAUAGACAAGAGUAGAUACCAAUACUGGCAAUAGUUUUUCGAGUUCUUUAAAUAAUAGUUUCCAAUCAUGUCCAACCACAACGAUAUUGUCAGACCAAGUUUUGAGAAUUAU